AUGGCCACACACAAGAAAAAAUUGGAGGCUUAUUCUGGUCAGUUGACCCCAGUACAAAAGAAGAAGUUAGAUGAGUUUAUCAAACUUAGAGCCAAUAAGUGGAGAGCAAUUUGGACUGGAGACAACGAUAGAGCUCUUUUUGAAGUGGAUAGGAAAAGCCACAAGGUUGGUGUAAAUCUGCAACAAAGGACCUGUACCUGCAAUGUUUGGAAACUCACUGGAAUGCCUUGUAGGCAUGCAAUUGCAGCCAUGUAUAAGAUUGGGUUGAGGUCAAAAGAGUUUGUGUAUAAGUGGCUGACCAUAGAAUCCAUAAAGGCAACUUACAAACAUUGCAUCAAACAUGUCAACAGUAAAGAAUACUGGUGUCCAACAUCUGCUCCACCAUGUGAUCCUCCACCAAUAAAAAGGCAUGCACACCGCCAAAAAUGA